AUGGAGGUCUAUGUUGAUGAUAUGCUCGUCAAGAGUAUUAAAGCAUCCGAGCACAUUACAAACCUCGGAGAGACCUCAAUCCUCCAGGAAUACCGCAUGAAGCUGAACCCUGCCAAAUGUGCCUUCGGAGUAGGCUCGAGCAAAUUCCUUAAUUUCAAGUCAGCUAGAGAGCAAUUGAAGGGUCACAAGAAAGCCAAGUGGACCUCAGAAUGCGACCAGGCUUUUCAGCAGUUGAAGCAAUACUUGGGCUCGCCACCCUUGUUAUCUGAGCUUAAAGAGGACGUGGGCACGGAGGCCAUCCUAGUGACUCCUUCAGCUCUCCCACUUCUCAAGGAUACAGAGCUAGAUAAAGGUAAGAGUAGAUGGACUCUCUUUGUGGACGGAUCAUCCAAUUCUAAGCGCGCCGGGGCAGGGAUCAUCCUAGUUGCGCUCGACUCAACCACCAUCCAAUAUGCCAUCAGACUUGGUUUCAAGGCCUCUAACAAUGAGGUAGAGUAUGAGGGUCUGUUGGCUGGACUCAGAUUGACGGCUAGUUUGGGAGUUAAACUUCUCGAAGUUCGAUGCGAUUCUCAACUCGCCAUGAACUACAUCUCCACUGAGAAUGAGGCCAAGGAAACAAGGAUGGUAGCUUAUUUGGCUGAAGCUAAGAAGCUGAUAGAAAGGUUUGGAAGCUACACCAUCAAUCAAAUUCCAAGGAUGGAGAACUCUUGGGCUGACGCCCUCACAAAGCUAGCCUCGGCCACGGAGGGGAUGAUUCCUAGAAUUAUCCCCAUGGAAUUCCUAGAUAGCCCAAGUAUCGAUCGAGCUAAUCAGGAGAUGGUCAAUCCAGUAGAGGCAACUCCAAGCUGGAUGGAUCCGAUUUUUGAGUAUCUCACUAUUGGCCAAGUCCCUCAAGACAGGUUGGAGGCUCGAUGCCUGAAAAUCAGAGCUGCAAGAUACAUAAUCCUAGACGGAACUCUGUACAAGAAGGGGCACUCACAGCCCUACCUCAGAUAUCUCCGACCUGAUGAACCAGACUACGUGAUCCAAGAGAUCCAUGAGAGAAUCUAUGAAAAUCAGUCCAAUAGCUGA